AUGUAUCCACUGCUCCCAUUAUAUGACUUUGAAUUCCGAAAGAGCCCAAUCUUGAACAAGUUUUCAAUAUGGCAUGUCAUUUUUGAUACGUUUGAUUAUUUUCAAUCUUCAACCAAAUUCCAAAUGAUAGAUGCCCCUGUUUCUACUAUUUUGGCUCUUCCACUUCGUAAGGUCAUUCAGGUUCCAGAUAGUUCUCAUUGGUCACUCAGACAUCGAAAUUUUGCAGCGGGCACUUUCUUGGUAUUUGAUGAGCACCAACAACGACUGCGCAUACGAGUCCCAAGUGAAUUCUCUCGCUUUCCAAGGCUGUGUCAAACUCUGGCCAAUGAUAUUAUAUGUACUCGUACUAUUAAACUUGAAGCGUUUGUAUGGCCACAUAUUCUUGCAGCACCUGCUCCCACACUACCCGAAGAAUGGUCCUCUCUGUCGGGCCGGUACCAUUGUUCAUCCAGAGGUGGAAUCGAUGGACCAAGCCGGCACGAAGAUUUAAGCCAACAAUACCCAAAAGCUGUGCCGCAACGACUCAAUUGCCAGACAUUAAGACAAUUGACAUCUCACGAAUUAGUGUCUCAAAUGCGACUUCAGCCACUCUGGGGUCAAUUUAACCCUACUGUCUUACGCAGCAGUUUCAAAAAAAAGAGCGCACCAAUUUUGACGAAUCUUUUUGAGGAAUAUGGUGUCUUGGACCCUAGACAAUGGUCAUCCGGUGUAGCGUAUGAUAGUAUACACUAUUUAGGCGAUCUAUCGACACUUCAGUUCUUUUCAAAUAAAAUAGAUGAACAAGGCACAUUUCAGGGCCACAAGAUUAAGAAAAUCGGAGGUAAUGUUGUUCUGGUCGCAGAUCCCGGUGAACCGGGACCUAGCAAAAUACCAGUAUUUCAUUUACCAGAAGACAUGCAUUCAGGUGAAGAUAUCCAUAAAUACAUAUAUACAACAGUAACUGAGGUGGAUAGGUAUACUGCAGUUCGACUAUUUAAAAUAUAUUUCUCUCAUAUAUAUCCUAUCUUGCCAGUUAUCAACAAGACCGAAUUUUUGAAACAACACCGUGACAGAGUUGAUACAUAUCCGCCUGGGGAAUUGUUAAAUGCGCUGCUGCACGGUUUGUCGAAUGUAAAAGUUUGGAGCCACAUCGAAAAAAAGAAAUUACCUGCAGAUGCAAUUUGGGAUGUUCCUGUUGGUUGGUCCAACCACUUCUUUGAUCAAGCAGAAUAUAUAAUUUCGAAAUGGUCUAAUCUGCAGACUGUAACCAAUGUUCAAGCCAUUAUUAUUAUUUUAAAUCAUCGCGGUGAUAGAGACUCAAAAUCAUCCGCUUGCUGGCAAUUGGGAGGAUACGCUAUUCGGCUCAUUUACUUGGCCUUCAUCGAUCGUGUGAAGACUGGGAUCUCCCAAAAAAAAGAGAAGGAAACUCGUAACCGGGCUUGGUGGGCAUUGUACAUAACAGAUCGAUUUCAAACAGCCAUUCUUGGAAGACCUAUCAAUCUUCGCGAUGAGGACAUUAAUGUUCCUUAUCCUGACCCUGGUGCAGAUAUCGAAGAAGUCUUGGACGCAUUCGAGGCUGAUAAAGAUCGUAUUCUAAAUAACGAAGUUCUUCCUCGCUCUCCUUGUCUAACGGCACCUUACAAUUACAAGACAAAUUCCAACCGAGAAUGGCCUCAAAUUUAUGAAUUGUUUGUGCAGUUUAUCAAACUGUCCGAAAUUCUGGGUAGGAUACUACAAGGACUGCAUACACCAAAGGCCAAAAAAUUCAGUUCUCAGCAUGGAAGUGAUGGUUUGGUGACACGACUAGAUUAUGAAUUAACACAAUGGAGAAACGAAUUCCCAAAAGCUUUAAAAAAAAUACAGCUGCCCGAUUUUAACGAAGAUGUAGGCCAUUUUGCACCUGUUAUUGCAUCUAUGUUGAUGUUUUACUGUAGUAGCUUAAUUUUACUUCAUCAACCCUUUAUUCAAAAAACAAGUCAGUCGAAGUCAUCACAUACAUCACUACAAAUUUGUACAAGUGCUGCAAUACGAGGUAUCCGUAUCGCUUGUAGAUUGGCCGCACGAGAUUUCCUCACGUGUCCUUAUUCAUUUACUUUGUGUCCGCUUCGACAAUUCGGUCUUAUUCACAAUGUCUUAGCAAUCGACGAUAAAUACUUGGAUGAUAGUAUGGUCAAAUUGCCCAAGACUCUUCGACAUAUGUUAAAAGAAUUGGUGCAAGUCUCGAAAUGGAGCUCGUAA